UCGCACCGUGAUUGGCCGGCCGGCGGUCACGUGGCGCAGUGCAGUCAGUCGCUGUGCCGUGCCUCGAGCCAGCGCUGAGUGGAGCCUGUCUGCCAGCAGCUUCAGCAGCGGCUCUAUCUGAACCCACUAUACACUCACUGACAAUUAAAGGAGGCCCCUUUUUCUUCUUAUUUCCGUGGAUUAUUCUUCACCAUGGGCGACAAAAAGAGCCCUACCAGGCCAAAAAGACAAGCCAAACAGACCGCUGAUGACGGCUACUGGGACUGUAGCGUGUGCACCUUCAGGAACACCGCCGAGGCUUUCAAAUGCAGCAUCUGCGAUGUGAGGAAGGGCACAUCCACAAGGAAACCCAGGAUCAACUCCCAGCUGGUCGCCCAGCAGGUGGCUCAGCAGUACCCGAUGCCUCCCCCGCCCAAGAAGGAGCGGAGGGAGAGGAGCGAGCGCACGGACAAGGAGCGCCCGGAUGGCGAAGGGGAGCGCACCAACAGUGAAGGACGCCCCGAGGGACGCCCCGAGGGACGACCCGAGGGACGACCCGAGGGACGACCCGAGGGACGCCCCGAGGGACGCCCUGAGGGACGCCCGGAGGGCGAGCGUCCAGAGAGAGUGAGGCCAGAAGGAGACACCCCCGAGAAGGAGAAGAGUGACAAGGAGCAGCCAAUCAAAGACAAACCCGACACAGAGAAGGACAUCAGCCCAGCCAUCACGAAGAAGCCCAGCAGCAAAAAGACCAGACCCAAAUCAGACAACCAUCAGAGCCCACCCAGCGACAAACACAGCAUACAGUCUGGCAAAUCAGCAACCAAGACCAACAAGAACUCUCACAUUUCCAGGCCCAAACUGAAGAACAUCGACCGGAGCACCGCCCAGCAGUUGGCCAUCACUGUCGGAAACGUGACAGUGAUCAUAACAGACUUUAAAGAGAAGACCCGCUCCUCCUCCACGUCCUCGUCCACCAUUACGUCCAGCGCGGGCUCCGAACAGCAGCACCAGAGCUCCGGCUCCGAGAGCAUGGACAAGGGCUCGUCGCGCGCCUCCACGCCUAAAGGGGAUCUCUCUGUGGGGCACGACGAGUCGUUCUGAGGUCCCGUCCCCAUUGCUCCCCACCUGACCCGUCCUCAAACCGCUACACCCCCCCACCCCCUUUCCGACCCCCCUCUUCCUCCCUCCAUGUUUCUGGACACUAUGGAUCCCAUAGGGGGAGAGAUUUCACCUUUCCCAUUGCUGCCCUGCCUCCAUUUCCAUGACCAACCCCCGGAUGCUGGAAGGAAUAGUGCGAUGCGCCUUGCUGCAUGGGGGAAACAAACGCCCUGGCGGGGGACCUUCCCUCGUGGUUACACCCGUGUGGCAUAGGCGAGGAGAGGCGAGGAGAGCCGGGCUACAAGGAAUAACGCCCCCCAUCCCCAUCCCUAUCCCCAGCCUCCCCUGCGGUAGCAUCCAGACACUUGUAUGUAUUGUUUUAUAUUCGUACGUGGAUGUGAGGCCAAGUCGACUUUUUUUUUUUUGUUUGUUUUUUGUAAAGAAGAAUUCUCCGCUGGGCACAAUAACCACCAUCAUUUCAAUAACUUUAAACUAUUAUUACCCUUAUUUAUUACCUGUUGCACCUGUAUACUUUGAUGUUCUCCUUUUUUAUGUUGAAGCUUUGCUGUGUAGCUCUGCCGAUCGAUCAUUCCUUCAGUGUUUUUAUUACAGUUUGAAAAUGAUAGGACAGGACUCGAGUCACACACACAAACAAACACACCCACACACACACACACACACACACACACACACACACACACACUGGUGCUAGAUACACUGUGAAGCGGUUUUGCAGAUGUGGGAUUGCCCAUUCACUCAAUGUGACAAAGUGCUGAUAAAUCAAAUUCUCAUUCACUUUUCUCAACAACACUGUCUCACUCUGAACACUGUCGGGACCUCCACCACGUCCGUCUACUAGUUCUGUACAGGUCAAUGUGCAUCGAGAAGAAGGUCACCUGAGGUUCACACACUAGAUUGUCUCUGAUUUAGUAUGCUAUAGCAGAUCUCUUAUACAGUAUCUUAUGUCCUUAACUGUACAGUGUAGGCUGUUGUGUAAAACACUAAAAGCUGUUGAUAUUUUCGGCAUUCCGUACUUCGAUAUGUUUUCUGGCUGAAAGUCAGAGCUCCUCUCAGCUCUCGAGCCGGAGUUCUUUUCUGUUGUGACUGAAGGAAGGUUACACACAGUUCCACUUGGUAAAACCAUAUCGAACUGUAAAAUAGGCCUGUUGUGUCAAGCUGUUGUGAAUCAAUUUUUUUUGUUUUGUUUUUUUUCAUCUUUCUUUUUUCGUUGUGGUCCUGAAGACAAACUUUUUUCGACUCUUCACUCUCUCAACCUGAAAAAACAAAGACGUGAAACAAUUUGCAAAGACUGACAAUUCAAUUGAACUUUUCUUUUUUUUUUUUAAAUUAUUAAUUUAAGACUCCUGUCAUUGAAGGCAAAAAAUAUUACAGUAGUGAAUAGAACACAUCGAUGCUCUUUCAAUUUUUAGAACAGCAAGGCUUAUUUAAGGGUUUUAAUUUACUUUCACCUUAGCUGAUACUAGACCAACAUAAUUUCCUUUUUAACUGUAUGAAAUUGUAUAAAGAAUAAAUGUGUAUAUGAUAUCUUAGUUUUAUUUAUUGAAGGACCAAAGGAAUUUCAUAAUGACAUGAUAAAUAGACAGAUAAAUAACAAUUUGAAAUGCAACUAUCUAAUGUGUGAGAUGAAUAACAGUUUAAAUAAAGACUAAUAUAAUCCA